AUGGAACGAUGGCCUCCGUCGCUGCUCCUGUGUGCUUUGACAACGGCAUCGGUCGCCAGUUUCGGGCUGCUCUUGCCGCCAUCUCCACGGUGCAGCCCCUUCCACCCGGCUGCAGCGAUUUCGGCGCCCGACGCCGACGCACCAAGGCUACCCACAGCUGACCGCCACUGCCGAACCGCGACACUCGGAGGAACGGCCGCAGCGCUAGCGGCAGAAGCAACCCCCCCUCGCCGACGGCGACUAGUUCGGCUUUCUCUGUCGACGGCAUCGUCCACGCCGGAAUCAGCGGGAGAAGAUCAAGGAAAGGCGUUCUCGUCCCCAAACCCCCAAGAAGGCGUCGACGACGCCGAAGCAAGGGCCGAGACAGCCCUCCGAAAGCUCUCUCCGUCUGAGCUGUCGGGAAUGAAGGCCCGCCUCGGGCUCGACCUCAGCCUGGAGGGCGGCGAAGACAUCAUCGCACAAGCCGUGCCUGUCCUUGCGGACAAGAUUAGGGCCAAAGCAGCCGCCCAAGAGUCAGAACGAAGCGCCGCAGUUCCGGCGCAACACCAGCCAGCACCACAACAAGACCCAACCAAACGUUCGACGUCAUCAUCAACGGUGCCCUUAUCUCCGGCGGAGCAAGCCUCCGCGGGGGGUUCGCCUAGGGGGGAUUGGGCCGGCGGGGCAGAAGGGGACGGGGUGGAGAAGGGCUGGGUGGGAGAGAAGGGGAGCAGGAGGUGGGUGGGCGCGCCGGGAGAGAAGCCUCCGAGGCAGAGGCACGCCAAGCGGCAGCCGGAUCCGCCGCUGGCUCCCGGCGAGAGAUCGUACUUCGCCACCUGUCCGAGGGGCCUUGAGACGGUCCUUCGAGACGAGCUCAUGUCACCGCUUGUUGGAGCCACCCUGGUGAAGAGCAGCGGGCGGGGGUGCCACUUUCGGGGAGACCAAGCGGUGGGCUACAAGGCCAUCCUCUGGCUUCGCACCGCCCACCGGGUCCUGGAGCUUGUCGGGGAGGGGGGUAGCCCCCUUGGGGCGCCCAUCGACGGGGGGGAGGCGCUGUACGGGGCGGCUGCGGCCGUGCCUUGGUCGCGCUACAUGGAACAAGGGCAGACUUUGUGCGUCGAUGCCAUUCUGGGCGUAGUACCAGACGGACUGACGCACUCGCAUUUCACCGCCCUCACGGUUAAGAACGCGGUGGUCGACCAGCUUCGAGACGACGGCAAGCGGCCCUCCGUCGACACGGAGAACGCGGAUCUCCCCUUGGUGGUCUACCUCGACCGUGGCCGGGCCCUCCUGUACCGCAGCCUUAGCGGCACUCGCUCGAUGCACAAGAGGGGGUACCGCGACGCAAUGCACGCGGCCUCACUGAAGGAGAAUGUCGCCGCUGGGCUCCUCCUGGCCAGCGGGUGGGACCCUGAGACGCAAGCUCUGGCGGAUCCCAUGUGCGGGUCGGGCACGCUGGUGAUAGAGGCGGCUCUCAUCGCUCUUCGCAGGGCACCAGGUUUGGUUGCGAUGGGGGCGUACGGGGGUGGGGGUAGGGCGAAAGUGGCCGGUUGGAAGCCUGCGGUGACUGCCUGGCCAGACUUCGACCCGGUGCUCUGGAGAGAGACCGUGGGGGAAGCCCUGCAGCUGCAGAGGGCGAAACCGCCGGCAGCAAUCAUGGGGAACGACUGGCAUCAUGGGGCGUUGUCGCUGGCUUGGCGGGACGCAAAGGCUGCCGGUGUUGAGGACUGCAUCACUCUCUUCGACGAGGACGUAGGGAGGUGGCGACCCCCCGCUUCCGUCGGCCUUGCUGUCACGAACCCCCCCUGGGACUACAGGCUCGAUCAGGGAGCGGAGAAGAGCUGGCUCGGACUGCUGGAGUUCUUGCGACGAGAAGUAGCCGAGAAGGACGCCUGGGUGUUAUCAGGAAACCCGGCUCUGUCGAGAACGCUGCGCAUGAAGUCGGAACAGAACAUGUUCCUUUCGACGGGGGGGGUCGAGCUGAGAUGGCUCAAGUACCACUUGAAUGAGUACCGCGGGGAUAGGGGGAAAAGGGGCGGAGGGAGGGGAGGACCGCGGCCGAAGAAAGUGCCACGGAAGCACGAUCGACCGGCGAUAGAUAGGUGGUGA